AGCUUUCGCUUUCGCUCUCGUUACUCGUUAGUCGUUCGUUACUCGUUUUCGUUAUCGUUUUAUAGCAACAGAAAGAAUAAAACUUAUAAGCUAACUUUCAGUUUUAUUAGCGAUUUUAGAUUUUAAUUGUUAAUAAUGUAAAGUGAACGAUUCAAUAUUUUACUAACAGUGAUUGAAUUACUAAUUAUUAUAAAAUAAUAUUAUUCCAGCAUAGGGCCUGAAGAUUUAUUUAGGUUAGCACUAGCCAUCACUUUUAAAUGUUUAGAUUAGACAAUUACUUAAUUUAUUACUAAGGAUUCAAAGAUACGACCUACCAGAAAUCCGUUGCAAGUUGAAAUCCUUUUUCAUUUUUUAAGAAGAUGGUUCUUCAAAAUAGUGGUCGUUACAAAUCUGACAAAGGAGAAGUUUCUACAUAUCAUACAAACAGAGAAGAUUCGUCUGAAGUUCGCAUAAAACAAUCUUUGGAGAAUGACUCCAUUGACACAAAAUAUGGUUUUGAUCGUGUUAAGGAUUUCCAAGAAAGAACAGGGUUUCUUAUCAACAUGCAUAGUACUGAGAUCUUGGAUGAAGACAAAAGACUAAUAAGUGCUGUGGAUUAUUAUUUUAUACAAGAAGAUGGGAAUAGAUUUAAAGUCUCUGUUCCAUUUUCUCCGUACUUUUAUAUACUUACUAAGAAAGAACUCACACAAGAAGUUUCAGCAUUCAUUAGCAAGAAGUUUAGCGGUUCAGUGCUAUCUGUUGAGCAAAUCUCCAAAGAAGAUCUUGAUUUGCCAAAUCAUCUUAUUGGUCUUAAGCAGCGCUACUUAAAACUGACUUUUUCAUCAAUGCACGAGUUGACAAAAGUGAAACAAACCAUAAUGACGAGUGUACGCAAAAACCGCAAAAGAGAUAAAAACAACACUUUUUAUACAGAAAUGUUGACAUCAGCUUUGAUGAAUAAAGGAGAUGCAGGAGCCACAAAGAAGAUGUCUGAUCAUAUGGAGAACAUCUUAGAUAUAAGAGAGUAUGAUGUCCCGUACCAUGUCCGAGUGUCAAUCGACCUCAAGAUCUUUGUUGGCUUGUGGUACUCUGUACAUAGCAGAGGUCCAUUUGAUGCUCCUGCCAUCACCAGGCGAGAAGACCUCAUAGAGCGACCAGAUCCCAUUGUGUUGGCGUUUGACAUAGAGACUACUAAACUGCCACUCAAAUUCCCAGAUUCUGCUACUGACCAAAUAAUGAUGAUUUCGUACAUGAUUGAUGGACAGGGAUAUUUAAUUACAAACAGAGAAAUCAUAUCUGAAGAUGUCGAAGACUUUGAGUAUACACCUAAACCUGAAUUUGAAGGAUUCUUCACAGUUUUCAAUGAACCAGAUGAAAAUGCUCUGCUACAACGAUUUUUUGAUCAUAUCAUGGAGGUUCGUCCACACAUUUUCGUGACAUACAACGGUGACUUCUUUGAUUGGCCAUUUGUUGAGACUCGAGCAGCAGUGUACAAUCUAGAUAUGAAGCAAGAAAUUGGGUUUUCUCGCAACAAAGAAGGUGUCUACGCUUGCCGACCUGCUAUGCACAUGGACUGUCUCUGUUGGGUAAAGCGAGACUCAUAUUUACCUGUUGGUUCUCAAAACCUGAAAGCUGUUGCCAAAGCUAAGCUGAGAUACGACCCUGUAGAGCUUGACCCGGAGGACAUGUGCAGACUUGCCUCAGAAGAGCCCCAAGUGUUAUCCAACUACUCAGUGUCAGAUGCAGUCGCUACAUACUACUUGUACAUGAAGUAUGUUCAUCCUUUCAUAUUUGCCCUCUGCACCAUCAUCCCAAUGGAACCAGACGAGGUUCUGAGGAAGGGGUCAGGCACGCUCUGUGAGGCAUUGCUGAUGGUUGAAGCAUUCCACGCCAACAUUGUUUUUCCUAACAAGCAAGAAUCCGAGCUUAAUAAGCUGACAGAUGACGGUCAUGUGUUGGACCAGGAGACAUAUGUGGGAGGUCACGUAGAGGCACUGGAGUCUGGAGUGUUCAGAGCUGACCUGCCUUGCCGCUUCCGCAUGGUUCCAGAGGCAUUUGACAAGCUCAUUGCUAGUGUUGAAAGAGCUUUAAGCCAUGCUAUUGAAGAAGAAGAAAAGAUUCCUUUAUCCACGGUAACAAACUUUGAAGAGAUCGCUCUAGACAUCAAAGCAAAGCUGGCAGAUUUGAGAGAAACUCCUUGUCGAAUGGAAAACCCAAUUAUUUACCAUUUGGAUGUAGGUGCGAUGUACCCCAACAUCAUCUUGACCAACCGAUUGCAGCCAUCUGCCAUGGUGGACGAGACAACGUGCGCCGCAUGUGACUUCAACAGACCUGGCGCUACCUGUCAGCGACACAUGACUUGGAUGUGGCGUGGAGAGUUUAUGCCUGCAACAAGAAACGAGUUUGAGCGGAUCAAGCAGCAGCUAGAGACAGAAAAGUUUCCACCCUUGUUCCCUAGCGGACCUCAGCGAGCAUUUCACCAGCUCGGCCGAGAGGAGCAAGCUGCCAUAGAGAAGAAGAGGCUUGCAGAGUAUUGCCGCAAGGCUUACAAAAAGACACAUGUGACUCGCGUGGAGGAGCGCACCACUACCAUCUGUCAGAAGGAGAACUCGUUCUACGUUGACACUGUGAGGGCAUUCAGGGAUAGAAGAUACGAGUACAAGGGAUUGAACAAGGUUGCCAAAAAACAGGUUGCUGAGGCUAUUAAGAAAGGAGAUGCAGGAGAAAUAAAGUCAGCCAAGAACCGAGAAGUUUUGUAUGAUUCUCUUCAGUUGGCUCACAAAUGUAUUCUGAAUUCGUUCUAUGGCUAUGUCAUGAGAAAGGGAGCACGGUGGCACAGUAUGGAGAUGGCUGGUAUUGUGUGCUACACAGGAGCCUCCAUCAUCACAAGAGCCAGAGAGAUCAUUGAGCAGGUAGGGCGACCACUGGAGCUAGACACUGAUGGUAUCUGGUGUGUAUUGCCUGCCUCCUUCCCUGAGAACUAUAUUGUGGAGUCUACACAUCCAGGAAAAGCGAAGGUCACCAUCUCCUUUCCUAACGCUGUUCUCAACUCCAUGGUCAAGGAUUUCUACACAAAUGAUCAGUACCAUGACCUCAAGGACCCCAAGACAUUGCAUUAUGAACAGCGAAGUGAGAAUUCCAUAUUUUUUGAAGUUGAUGGUCCUUACUUAGCCAUGGUUCUACCAGCCUCCAAAGAGGAGGGCAAAAGGCUCAAGAAGAGAUAUGCUGUAUUCAACUUUGAUGGAUCUCUGGCUGAGCUCAAAGGGUUUGAGGUAAAGCGACGUGGAGAGUUGCAGCUGAUCAAAAUAUUCCAGUCAUCUGUGUUUGAGUCUUUUCUCAAGGGGGAUACACUGGAGAAAUGUUAUGAAUCUGUAGCUAAAGUUGCAGACUACUGGCUAGAUGUCCUUUAUAGCAAGGCCUGUAACAUGCCUGACUCUGAGUUGUUUGAGCUGAUCUCUGAGAAUCGUUCGAUGAGUCGCAAGCUGGAGGACUAUGGCAGCCAGAAGUCCACGUCUAUCAGCACAGCCAAGCGGCUGGCAGAGUUUUUGGGAGAUCAGAUGGUCAAGGACGCUGGCCUCGCCUGCAAGUUUGUAAUCUCUCGCAAGCCAGAGGGAGCUCCAGUCACAGAGAGAGCCAUUCCACUUGCGAUAUUCCAGGCAGAACCAAGCGUCAAGAGACAUUAUCUUCGCAAAUGGCUGAAAGAUAACUCCAUAAACAACGUAGACAUUCGACAAGUGUUGGACUGGAACUACUACAUUGAGAGGCUGGGUGGGGCAGUACAGAAGAUCAUCACUAUUCCUGCUGCUAUGCAAGGGCUUGCCAACCCAGUGCCCAGAGUCAGACACCCAGACUGGCUUCACAAGAAGAUGUUGGAAAAGAAUGACGUUCUCAAGCAGAGACGAAUCAAUGAACUGUUCUCUGCUGUACCCAAGCCAAUAAAUAAGGAGACCGCAUUGGAAGAGCCUGGCUCUAGUGAGCAGCCUAUGACGUCAGAUAUUGAGGACUUGGCAGCAGGCAGGAGUGGUGGAGGUAAGAGACCUCUGGCCUACAGUAGCAAGAGGAAGAGAGACGGAGACAAAUCCCCCGGCUCUCUGUCUCAGCAGCCAGUCACUACGUCAUGGAGAGAGGCCCUGGGAACUCCACCACCGUUUGGCACAACCAAGACCGAACGAUUGGCGUGGCUUGAGUAUCAGAAGAAGAAGUGGGCCUGGCAGAGAGAGAAACGACAGUUACGAGCCUCGGAGGCCAAGAAGAUGCGCUAUGUCGGGGGUGGUGAUGCUGUGAGAACUGUCAGUCACCCUGGGAGCAGCACGUCUACAUUGGGGGGGUUCCUGCGCAAGGCUCAACAAACACUGCUCAAUACUCCCUGGCAGAUCAUACAAGUAGGAGAGACCAGUGAGCCAGGAGUGCUGCGUUUGUGGGCUCUGGUUGGUCAGGAGCUACACCAGCUGAGGCUGGUAGUACCACGAGUUUUCUACGUCAACCAGCGCAGCCCACGGGAUGAGGCAGACGACGUGUUGUGGCGCAAAGUCAACCGCAUCCUGCCUCGCUCCCGACCAGCCUUCCACCUCUAUGAGUUCUCCGUGCCCGAGGAACUUUACAGAGAGCACAGCCAGGAGUUGAUGGCAGAUCUGUCCAUGCCAGACAUAGAAGGUAUCUACGAGACCCAAGUGUCACUGGAGUUUCGAGCUUUGCUGCGUCUGGGCUGUGUGUGUGCCGUUGGGAGAGAGGAGGCACGUCGUCUGGCAGCCACAGGCAUCCGUGACCUCAACACCUUCAACCUCACCCAGCUGAACAUGCUCAGUUUGGCCCAGCAGUCAUAUCUCAGUGAGGGUGAGAAAAAUGUGCGUCACAUCUUCCUGUACCACCACAAGGCUAUGUCCGGGCCACGAGCGCUUAUCGGCCUCUUCAUGCCAGCUGCUAAGAAAGCUCUGGUCCUUAUCCUGGACAGUGUGCGGACCAACCAGAUGCCUAACCUCUCCUCCGUCAUCACUGCUGAGAAGAAUGCAAAGAUCAGCAAAGGCAAGAGUGCAGAUGAGUUGCCAGAAACAGAGCUGAGUUUUGAGGUGAGAGUUGAAACGGAGUUCCGCCAAGCCUGCAGACAGAUCCAGCGAGCACUGCAGGCUUACAGGGAUGAGAAGAAGGGACCAACGCUGGUGGCUGUACAGUCUCAGAUGGACAUCCCAGCCCUUGUAUCAAACAUGCCAGGACUGAACGACUUUCCCUUGGUACCCAUCCACAUUCAGGACUUGGAUUCACUAUAUUCGAGCCUGGACUGGCAGCGUGUUGGAGCCAAAAUCAUGGUCAAACAUUACCUCAACAUGGAGACAAGUCUGCAGCUCGCCACAGAGCAGUGCAGAUACUUCCACAUCCCGCUGGGUAACUUGCCUCCAGACCCCACUCUGUUUGGGGCGGACCUCUUCUAUGCCAGACACCUGUUGAAACACAACUACGUGUUGUGGUGUUCCUCUACAGACAAGCCUGAUCUGGGUGGCCGGGAGGCUGAUGACAACAGAUUGUUAACAGAGCUGGAGGAGAGCACGAGUGUAGUGACCAACGACAGUGGCUGCUACUCCACUGUCUGUGUGGAGCUGGAUCUGGACAGUUUAGCAGUCAACACUUUGCUUCAGUCACACCAUGUCAAUGAUAUGGAAGGUACCAGUUCCAGUGUGUCAUUUGACUUGAUGCCACAAACCUCAAUAGACGAGAUGGUGGGAGGCCAGACAACAGUGUUGCCAACCUAUGACGAGACAGCACUGAGCAGUGGCGCCUUCCGUGUCCUUCGUCACAUGGUCAAUGCUUGGAUACGAGAUGUGUCCUUGCAUAGAAAUGUCUUUGCUGACUUUCAGAUUGUACACUUUUACAGAUGGCUUCGUUCCCCCAAUGCCUUGCUUUAUGAUCCAGCCCUUAGAAGAACUUUGCACAAUCUUAUGAAAAAACUGUUCAUGCAGCUUGUGUCGGAAUUCAAACGUUUGGGAGCAGUCAUCGUGUACGCCAACUUCAGUAAGCUGAUACUAUGUACCAAGAAGAGAACUGUAGAGGACGCCAUUGGCUAUGUAGAGUUUGUCGUAACAUCAAUCCGUAAUAAGGAACUAUUCCAUGGCAUCCAGAUGUCUUAUCAUCAGUGCUGGGAAUAUCUUAUGUGGCUUGAUUUGUCAAACUUUGGAGGUGUGAAGGGCAAGUUGCCGUCAGGGUUGUCAGGCGUAGGAGAGGGAGACUUGACCUCUGGCAAUGUCAACACUGACAACGCUGACAAGGACGAGGACGAGGAGGAUGAAGGGGUUGAUCUCAACAAGGACAGCGAGGAAACAGAGGAGGAUGAUGAUGGUCCAGAGAUUGUGAUGAACUGGAACAUGGUGGAGUAUCUGCCAGACAGUGUGCAGAUGAACUUCUCUGCUGUCAUCGCUGGUUACAUGAGCGCAGUCUACCAACAACUGAUAUCCCAGGAGCCCAGCCGCACACCCCGAGUGCGUCGGAUGAGUCAACUUAGUGGCACACAGACCCUACCCCUGGGUGUCGGUGCUCACACUGACAUAGCUGACUUUGCUCGCCAACUCAUCUCCACUGACAUGGCACAGAAAUUAUUUUUAAUAACUCAGCGCAUCCACAAAAAGUUGCCAAGUCAAACAAUCGAAGGAGAAGCCAAAGUGCCAGGAGUCAUCUUGACCACUAUGAACCCUGCCCUGGAGUUUGUCAAAUCAGUUAUAAAGGUGUUAUCCCUGGACCCCAGCACUGGUAAUGAGGUGACUAAGCUACGUAGAAACAUGUUACGUCUGAUUGGUGAAGGAGAGUUCGGCGAGGCUGCACAGUGGAAAGACCCUUGCUUCUCCUUCGUCCUGCCUGAAGUGAUCUGUCGUGCCUGUAAUCACUGCCGAGACAUCGACCUGUGCAGGGACAACAACAAGACCACUGUCAAUGGGAGUUCUGCUUGGCAAUGUCCUCUCUGCAACACUGCUUAUGAGAACAGUGAGAUAGAGCAUCUUCUGAUUGACAUCAUCAACCGCAAAACCAUGGCCUAUAUGCUGCAAGACCUGCAGUGCAACAAAUGUCUUCAGAUUAAGAUGGAGAACCUGGCAGAGUACUGUCCGUGUGCUGGGCAGUUCCAGACCCUCAUCAAGAGACAAGACAUUGGUCUGCAUCUGAAGACAUUCCACAGUAUCUCACUGCACUACAACAUGGCGUCCCUACAGCAAACGAUAUCCUGGAUAGUGGCUCAGUCUCCCUCCCUUGGAGUCACCCUCUCGUAAACCAUGGACCCAAACUUACAUGUGUGACACCUGUUCAAUUAAGAUUGCCUUAUUGAAUACAUACAACUUUAAAAGAUAAAUACAGUAGAACAUCUUUAAUCCGAACUAAUUGGGACCAGGGGUAGUUCGGACUAUUGAAUAGUUCGGAUUACAGAACAUUUUGUUGUUUUUACAUAACAAUAGCUAAAACAUGGCUAAAAUUGAUCAACAUUAUUUUUGGGAAAGUGAAAAAAUGUUUUAUAAAGUAAAAUACAGUGUUUAUUUAAUACAGUAGUUAAACAUGGUGAAUAAAACAUACUGUAAAUUAAAUACAGUAUACAAUAAAGAACUGCUGUACUGUGUAUAGAGUACAGCAAUGAGGGGUUCGGAUUAGUGGACGUUCGGAUUACGGGGGUUCGGAUUAAAGAGGUUCUACUGUAGCUUUUUUAUUUUUUUAAUUUGGAAGCAUUUUGAUUGUACGGUGAAAAGUUAAAAGUUGUAAGGAAAUAAGUUAUAAAGUUUAUGGAAUAUUACUUAAAUAAAAACAGUCAGACUCAGAAAUUGUCCUAACUUUGAACAUAAAACGGUUCCCGAUUGCUUAAGUUUAUCUUUUUUUUUUACUUAUAAAAGCUUGUAAAUCUUGUCAGGACUUAGGGACCUAAAUAACAAGUAAAAAACUGAGUAAUGAUAAAGCUGUAAAUCUGAGCUGUAAUUUACAUUUCUAGAUUUAAGGUUUUUUGUAUCUGCUUAUAAAGUACCGUAUAAACAUUAAUAGUUAUGUCUAAGAUAAAAU